CCACCCCGCUCUUUGCAGGACGUCACCGCGGACUGCAGGGGCCUGAGCCGCCGCCGCUGCUGCUGCCGCCGCCGCGCAGCUCCACAUCCGCGCAUAGAGGACCCCCGUAGCCGUCACAGGAAAAAGAAAGUCCCCUCUGCUAGGAUUGCCACCGCAUCGGUGCACGGCAAGAUGGCGUCCGCCACAGACUCACGCUAUGGACAGAAGGAGUCCUCCGACCAGAACUUCGACUACAUGUUCAAGAUCCUCAUCAUUGGGAACAGCAGUGUGGGCAAGACGUCCUUCCUCUUCCGCUACGCUGAUGACUCCUUCACGCCUGCCUUUGUCAGCACUGUGGGCAUCGACUUCAAGGUCAAGACCAUUUACCGCAACGACAAGAGGAUCAAGCUGCAGAUCUGGGACACAGCAGGGCAGGAGCGGUACCGGACCAUCACCACAGCCUACUACCGAGGAGCCAUGGGCUUUAUUCUCAUGUAUGACAUCACUAACGAGGAGUCCUUCAAUGCCGUGCAGGACUGGUCAACCCAGAUCAAGACCUAUUCAUGGGACAACGCACAGGUGCUGCUGGUGGGGAACAAGUGUGACAUGGAGGACGAGCGAGUGGUGUCAUCAGAGCGCGGCCGGCAGCUGGCCGACCACCUUGGGUUUGAGUUCUUUGAGGCCAGUGCUAAGGACAAUAUCAACGUCAAGCAGACCUUCGAGCGCCUGGUGGACGUCAUCUGUGAGAAGAUGUCUGAGUCACUGGACACGGCUGACCCAGCGGUCACUGGCGCCAAGCAGGGCCCACAGCUAACGGACCAGCAGGCGCCCCCGCACCAGGACUGCGCCUGCUGAGA